AUGAAGGAUCAGACUAGCAAUAAUGUUACUGAGGCAACGAACCUUUUAACGAAAAUGUUAAAGGGAGGGAAGGUCACAUACAGUAUAGAACAAUUGCUUGAGCUAAAGGACACUGCAAUUCCUAAAGACAAUUUAGACUUACCAGAACGCUCUUUUUACCGUUUUGAUGCAUCUGUCAUGAAAAAAAUGAAUAAUUACUACAACAAUUUGAACAAUCCAACUCCAAACAAAAAGGAAAGAAGCGGAGGGAGAAGAGGUCAGCAUAACUUGCAUCAUCAUAAUAGGAUCUUGUCUAAUGAGAAGCAUAGUCGUCAUUAUCAGAAAACCUCAGAUGAAAACAAUGAAGAAGAGGAAGAGCCCCAACCAGAGUGGAUGGAAGAGACGGAUUUUAAGGUGGAUCAUGAUUUUAAGUUAUACAUGAAGUCAGGCACCCAUACUGCUGAUGAUUUUGAAAGAGAAAAGCAGAUGUACCUUUCCAAAAAUAAAAGUAAUGAUACAAAUGAUGCUAUAAUAUCUUCAAACAAUGGGACAGAUACCAAAAGCAUAGACGAUGGUAAAAAAUUUUCCCAACAGUUUAAUCCAGAGCUAGAAUCCGAGCUGAGGAAGCAAUUGGAGGAGCCUGAGAUUUUGGGUCCUACAGAGGAAGAAUAUUUUGAGAAUUUGAAGAAGAAGGAAAGUAAACUGGAAGAGGAAGAAGCAAAAGGGGAAAUUGAAAAGCUGAGUGGACUUAAACCAAAGAUCGGCUUUGGUGAUCAUCAGUUUUCUUUGGAAAUGGAGACAAGAAAACAAGUGGAUCAUGACUUUAUGAACACCAUGUUGAUGAGAAAUACCAAACUAAAUGAUGCGAUUCCAAAAUCCCCAGUUGGAUCAAUUACAUCCGAAUCUAGUGUGGCAUCCAAUGGAGCAACAUCCUCAUUUUCAUUACCUCCAAGCUUAAAACGUACAGGAUCACAGAUUCUACCUGAUGAAUUGAAACCAGCUUCAUCACCACUUCUGAACGGUGAUAAUUUUACAAAUCAGGGAAAAGUGCAAAGAGCAUCUUCCCCUAUGGUAUCAAACAACCAACCGACGCAAAUUGAUGCACACAUGGAACACAUGAGAUUGCAAAAGAUACAGGUACUGCAGAUGCAAAGAAUGCAGCAGAUUCAUCAAAUGCAAAGAAUGCAGCAAAACUCUACUCAAGGGACAAAUCUUCCUGGGACAAAGAUGCCAAUUAAUACUCCUCCUGGUUUUAUUAGCGCACCACCAGGUCUGAAUAAUCCAGCUGGAGUAAUGUUUUCACCUACCGGGUUGACCAACCCUGUUACAGGAUUUCAAGGCUCCCAAGGAGCCACUAAUGUCCAACUUCCACCUGGGCUAAACCAUCCACAAGUAUCUCCUAAUGUUACACAGUUUCCACUAGGACCAACUGCUCACAGGGUCAACCCAAUUGGAGUGACUGCCAGUAAUCUCGCAAACACAACGCCACAGGGAGCAUCUCCGAUGCUACCUCCAGGUUUGGGCUCGGUCAGUAAUGUACAGCAGCCACAUAUCAUACAAGGACAAUUUCUACAUUCAUCUAAUACGAUCAAUUCAGGUCCUUCUUCCCAUAUUCCACCACCAAACAUGUUACCUUCUCCUUUUAGGGAGAAAUUCCACCAGCUUCAACAGGCGUUGAUGCAUUUCCAACAAAAUGGACAUCCUCCUCCUCCUCAACUCUUGCACGAAAUGGCGCAGUUUCAUCAGAUAUUGGAGAGAACAUUCGGAGGCAAUAGGACAGUCCCUGAUCCCGGCGUCUCUUCUACUAAUAAUGGCCCCGUUCUCAACCAGAAUGUGUAA